GCUGGCGUACGAGGUCAAGAUGGCCGUUACCAUGUUCCGGGCUGCGCUUCGGGGAUGGAGAACCGGUGUCCAGCGGGGCUGCGGGCUACGGCUGUUGAGCCAGACCCAGGGCCCUCCAGAUUACCCCAGCUUUGUGGAGUCUGUGGAUGAAUAUCAGUUUGUGGAGCGCCUGUUACCAGCUACGAGGAUCCCAGAUCCCCCAAAACAUGAACAUUAUCCUACCCCUAGUGGCUGGCAGCCUCCCAGAGACCCCCCACCCAACCUGCCCUACUUUGUACGACGCUCUCGGAUGCACAAUGUCCCUGUCUACAAGGACAUCACGCAUGGCAACCGGCAGAUGACUGUGAUCCGGAAAGUAGAAGGGGACAUCUGGGCCCUGCAGAAAGAUGUGGAAGAUUUUCUGAGCCCGCUGCUGGGGAAGACACCCGUCACCCAGGUCAAUGAGGUGACAGGUACUCUGCGAAUCAAGGGCUACUUUGAGCAGGAGCUUAAAGCCUGGCUCUUGGAGAAAGGCUUCUGAGGCCUAGCUGAGCAGCCUGCAUGUCAGCCUGCCCUGCGGAUCAAGUCUAGGGGGCCUCAGGAGGAGGGAGGUGGGUGUUGGAGCCCCUGAGACAGGGGAUACAGAAACUAAGGCUAAAGGACUUUGGGGUCAGGCCUUGCUUGCAUAAAGGAGAAAACCGGACCCUAUGUACAUGCUGGGGGAGAGUGCCUAAUGUGAGAGACCAAAUAGGAAUAACCAGGCUAAUGGGGGGUGUCAGCAGCUUUCUCUCCCUCCUAUCUUGGCCUGUUGUUUUUUGUUUUUUGAGAUGGAGUCUCACUCU